GAGAGAGGAGAGGGCAGAGGGGGCCUUGUCGCUGAGGUUGAGGGGGUUCUCAGCUCCAGAAAGAACUUUUUAUGUACAACUUUGGCUGGAAAACUUUAGCCUCGCGCUUCAGAAAGGACACAUCUGGAAGGCUGGGAGGCUGUUUUCACACUUCUUGGAUGUUCUUCUCGUGGACCUUUGGAAGAUAGUGGGUUCCCCUCAGCUGUAAAAGAAGAACCAGCGAGUUGUGUUUGGCUUUUUUUCCCUUCUCGACACCUAAAAAACAAGAACUCGGCGCCCGAGAAGAGAGGCUCGCGCGUCUGCCCCAAAACUUCAUCCCAAACUUUUCCUUCUGCAGCUGUUUGUUGUCGUGGAAGCGAUGCGGUGACGCUGAGUCAUCGGAGAAACACAGUGCGACUCGAGCGAACGAGAAAGUCUUGAAGUUCUCACAGCAAGUCGAGAAGGAUGAAGAUCUCCGACCUCCCGCUGCUCGUUCUCCUCCUGGCCCCCGCGCUCGCGCUCACGGCCGGUCAGAGUUUGUCAGGGUUGCGCUUCAUCCAGAGUCCAGGGAAUGUGACCUCGUCGCUGGGGAAGCCGGUUGACGUCCAGUGCAUCCUGCAGGGCGAUGGAGGCGACGAGGGCCCACCUGACAUCCUGUGGCUCAGAGAGGAUCAGUUGUUGGAGUUCGCCGACACCAACCAGAUGCAGGUGCCCUACAAUGAGGACACCUGGCUGGUCAUCAGCACGCUCCGGAUUGAAGGGGUCCAGCUGUCGGACAUGGGCGCCUACCGCUGUGCAGUGGUCAUAGAGGAAGAGGAGCUGGUGUCUGUUGAAGGGCACAUCCAAUUAGAGGGUCUCCCUCAUUUCUCAGUGGAGCCUCGCCCCAUGUCUGUACUGGCGAAUAAAGGCCUGAGCCUGCAGUGUGUUGCCCAUGGCCCCCCUGAGCCCGUAAGGGUCAUCUGGCUUCAGGACGGAGCCCCUCUCAACGUGCUGAGCGACCCUGUGGCCCUGUCUCCAUCGACCCUCAACAUCACAGGACUGAACAAAACCAGCUCGUUCUCCUGCGAGGCUCAUAACCGCAAAGGUGUGGCAUCGUCCGGCUCUGGAGUCGUAACCGUGCUCCCUGCUCAGCCGCAGGACGUUACGGUUAUUGAGGUCACAAACUCCAGCAUCCGUCUGUCCUGGACUCCAGGCUUUGCAGGAGUUUACCCCAUCACUCUCUGCACAGUUCAGGUCAGACCAUCAGGAGAGGACUUGAAUCCAGAUCAUGUGAUCCACAACCAGAACGUUAAUGUCCCACCUGCCACCCACCUGGUCUCUGACCUGACGCCCUUCAGCCAGUAUGACGUGAGAGUGGCCUGCCGGAGCAGCGAAGGUGUUUCUGACUGGACGUCGUGGGCGACAGUCAGCACCAGUGAAGGAGUUCCAGAUGGCGCACCGGUGAACUUGACCGCAGUGCUGAACAGGACGGAGGUGCUGAUUAGGUGGGCCGAACCUGCGGGCAGGAUCAAUGGAGAGCUGCAGGGCUACAGGAUCGAGUACAGCACAAUUAAUAUGGAGCAGGUUGUGCUGGAUGUUGGAAUGGACACUGAGGUUUUCGUCAAUGUGUCCAAUACUUCAUCAAACAUCUCCUUCAGGGUGUGCGCUUACACAGGAGCGGGACACGGACCCUGGACCCCCAUCCAAACGCUCUCUUUGGUCACGGCGGAAUUCGACAAGAUCAAACUUGCUAGUGUCAUCUCUCAGCCAAAGUUCUCCUGGCACUGGUGGUAUGUGGUCAUGGCCAUAACUGUAGCCAUCGCUUUGGCAGUGCUGAUGGCGGUGUACGUGGCCAAACUGCGGCGGAAGGAGACGCGCUUCGGUGAGGCGUUUGAGCCCAUGAUGGAGAGCGGGGAGCUGGUGGUGAGGUAUCGAGCUCGCCGCACCUACAGCCGUCGCACCACCGAAGCCACACUGAACUCUCUGGGUAUCAGCGACGAGCUCAAGCAGAAGCUUCAGGACGUGAUGGUGGACAGACACAAACUAACGCUGGGAAAGACUCUCGGAGAGGGCGAGUUCGGCUCUGUGAUGGAAGGCCUGUUGACUCAGGAGGAUUCCGUUCUUAAAGUGGCUGUAAAGACAAUGAAGAUUGCUAUCUGCACCCGCACUGAGAUGGAGGACUUUCUCAGAGAGGCAGCGUGCAUGAAGGAGUUUGACCACCAGAACGUCAUGAGGCUACUAGGAGUGUGUCUGCAGACAGUAGAGAGUGAAGGUUAUCCGUCUCCUGUGGUGAUUCUUCCCUACAUGAAACACGGCGACCUGCACAGCUACCUGCUCUACUCCCGACUCGGAGACUGUCCUGUAUACCUGCCGUCUCAGAUGCUGGUGAAGUUCAUGACGGACAUUGCGAGAGGAAUGGAGUAUCUUAGCGGCAAGAACUUCAUUCACAGAGACUUGGCUGCACGCAACUGCAUGCUGAACGAGAACAUGAAUGUCUGUGUUGCUGACUUUGGCCUGUCUAAGAAGAUCUAUAACGGAGACUACUACAGACAGGGCCGCAUCUCAAAGAUGCCCGUCAAAUGGAUCGCAAUCGAGAGUCUGGCAGACAGAGUUUACACCACCAAGAGUGACGUGUGGUCGUUCGGGGUGACUAUGUGGGAGAUAGCCACGCGUGGUCAGACUCCGUACCCCGGCGUGGAGAACAGUGAGAUCUACGAUUACCUGAGACAGGGCAACCGCCUCAAACAGCCGCCCGACUGCCUGGACAGCAUAUAUUCCCUGAUGUUCUCCUGCUGGUUACUGAGCCCUAAAGACCGUCCGAGCUUCGAGGUCCUGCGCUGCGAGCUGGAGAAGGCCCUGGACGAGCUGCCAGACCCCCAGGACCCUGAUGAGAUCCUUUACGUCAACAUGGAGGAGUCUUCAGGCGAGCUGGGGGCCGUGGGUGGCCGGGAUCCCAUCAUGGUGGGCCCCUGUCCUCUGGGCGCCCUGAAGGGCACAGACUCGGUGGCCACCGUGGAGAUCCACCCUCCGGGCCGUUACGUCAUCUGCCCUCAGCAUGAAAGCCAGCGCCUUCUCAGCGCUGAGUCCUUAGAGAGCCUGAACCUCGCAGGCUCCGCCCCCACGCUGCUGCUACAGCCGUCCUCUCACUCCACCCCUGUCCCCUCAGCCGACAUCCAGCCGCAGGACGAGAGAGAGGGGCCAGGGGGCAAGAGAUUACCCUGGCACUGAUGCUAGAACUGACUCACAGAGACUACAAAUCCAUUUUGGCGCUGUACUGCCUCAUGUGGUGAGAUUAGGUGUUGACCCUCAGUGCCUCCUGCCCUUUGCACAUCCCCUCCGCACAUACGCGGAACCACAAACACGCUUCCCCUGACAUUCCAUGGCUUAUUUGAGAGAUUUGUAUAUUACAGACCAAACUUUUUUACUCAUAUAUGACUUUUUACUUCUAUAGUAUAGUUUUGUAAUUAUCACACACACUUUAAAAGGGUUCUUCAAAGGGUUCUUUAGUAAAGAAAAUGGUUCUACAUAGAACACUAUGAACCAUUUGCAUGAUUAGAGCAUUCAUUGCAUGGUGAGAUGGUUCCUCAGAUUGACAGAGAAUGUGCUGUAUCUGGAUCUAAAUAGAAUCUUUUUGUAAAUGCACUAAAAUGGUUCUUAUACUGUUACAAGCUUGACAUUGAAAUAACAUUAGAGCCCUUUUUGGUGCUGUAUAGAACCAUAUACAGUACAUUCACUCAGUCUGAAGAAUUAUUUCGCCAUGAAAAGGACUAUUUAAGCAUGCAAAGGGUUCUUUGAGUGUUCAUGGUUCUAUAUAGAACUGUUUUCUUUAACAAACCCUUGAAGAACCAUUUUUAGUCCAGUUGUAUAUUUGCCCUGUACAUUAGGUAUUAGGUUCACGCUCACCAACAAUGGUAUGGUAUAUAGUGAACAACAGGGAAUUGAAAAUCGGCAUCCUUUCCGUGUUUGUGCGGUACAGCCCCACCCUCAUCGGCUCUGACCACUCCUCCUCUUUAUGCUGGCAGAGUGCACAAUGACUGAAUUUGACAUCGUUUGUAAUUAUUCAUAUUCAUAAGUGCUGAAUAGUUGUAGAUUGACUGUAUAAAUGUUUCCUUGACUUACAUGACUGGGGACAGGGUCAGCAAAUGUACUGCAGCCACCCACUAGGGGGUGUCCAAGACAUUUUGGCUUCACUUUUCAACUGCUGUCCACUCAUAUGACCACAAUCAGGUCUAUAGAUGCAUUCAGGUCCAGUGUAUUAAGUCAGGUCCAUGCACAUCAGACAAGCUAGCACGAUGCCAGUCUACAUUACCACACAUGAAUCACACAUUCACAAUGAACUCAGGUGGUACUAACUCUCAGCCAAUCAAUGAUAAUGUAACUAAUGUAACCAGCAUAUCACUGCCACUCUAGAAAGGAAUCAGAGCAUCUGUGGCCUAGAUUCUCCCCUUUGAAGACUGGGGGGGGUUUGACUUUGUAGUACUGUCUUAGUAAGUAAAGUUGGAGGUUUUAUCGCCUGCUCUCUCAAGACUGCUCAGUCCAACAUAUCCGUCCACAAACUUGAAGCACUUCUGUUUAAUGCGUUAUGGCCAGAUCCUGAUUAUAAGCAAUCUGGCCACUUCCUAUUUCCCUCAUUGUAUCAAAAACAGGACUGUAAAACAACAGAGGCGCCCAUGAGCGAGUCCUCAGUGAAUGGGAGUGAAUAGAGCCCAACGGCUAAAAACGAAAAUUUAAAAUAGUUUCUAAUCACUUUCCUUUAAUUUUAGACAGUAGAAGGAUGUGUUUCACUAAAAAAGCAAAG